CCAUCUAGAGCGCGCGCACCCGUCGUCGAAGUCGAAAAAACGUUCUACACUGUUAGUAUACUCGGGGCUUGCAUGCAUGCCGGUGCUGUAAGGUUUAUUGUUCAUAAAGCAUGAUUGUGCCGCAGAAAAGUGUGUCGUGAACGAGCAGUUUAGCGCUGGAAUAUACUCAGAGCAAAAAUCAACACACACAGCAAAAGUAUAAACAUAGAGUGACAUAAUAAUUAUCAUCCUCAUCAUCGUCAUCGAUUGGACUGAGGUAAUAACGGCGGCAGUAGCAUCUGCUCGGCGAAGGACAACGAUAUUCAAUACCAAUCCGAACAACCGGCCUCUCAUCGUGGUUUGCAUUCAGGCAAAACUUCGCUGAAAGUGAGAGUCGCGAGUUGGAUACCUACUGGCAGUGGCAGCUCCUCGGUUAGCAGCAGAACUUGUUCAUAACGCCGGUGCAAAAAAAGCAGCAGAAGGAAGAAGCAAAAUGUUCCUGCGCCGUUCUUACCUCGCUGUGCUGAUCAUAUUCGGAUACCUGCUAAUCAUAGAUGGCCGUGAGGAGAAUGUUCGGACCAAACGGGGACGCAAGCCUCGUGUUUCGGUGCUACCCAGCCGGGUCGAUGCGGAACCCAGCCAAAGCCUGGACCACGGAGAGUCGGCCGGAGACGAUUCACCGGUAAUACCGCCCGGAUUUCUAAGUCCCUCGGUGCAGGAGUACCUCGAGCUGGGAAAGUCGAUUCCUGGUCGUCCCGGAACAGACUAUCCCAUUCUGGCUGCUGUCCCGUAUACCAACUUCUACUGCGACGAACAGGACUACCCGGGCUUCUUCGCCGACAUGGAAACCAGAUGUCAAGGUUGGCACUACUGCGACAUAGACGGCCGGCAGGCGACGUUCCUCUGCCCCAAUGGAACCCAGUUCUCGCAGGCCGUCUUCGUGUGCGACUGGUGGUUCAAUGUCCGGUGCGAUCUGUCCCCGCGGCUGUACGCCAUCAACGCCCGGCUCUACCAGCGCCCGAAGGUGAACCCGACCCGGAAGCAUCGGGUCAUAACGAAACAGCUGGUCGAGGACAUUUUCAACAAAUGAGUCGUUUAAUUGUGAAAUGUGUGUUGGGGUUCGUAUCGGGAAACAACAACCGCUGCUGCGUGUGUGCUAUUCUACAGCAUCCACAAUCCAAACCGAGGCGAGCAAGCAAGCGAACGAGCGAACGAACGAGUGUGUGACUGUCAUGAAGGGUUUAUUUCGUGCCCAAACUCAACCUAUCUCUUUGCUACUAGAACCAGGUAGACCCCGGUACACCACCGGUGGUGUACCGGCCGGCCGGCGGGUACGAGAGAGAAGCAUUUCAUAAAAUUGUUUUAAAUUAAAUAUUUUAAAUCCUGUCACGAUGAGACACGGCAGAUCUAUAUAUAUGUGUGUACAAAGCCAACUUUCAAGAGCUGAAUCGCUUCCUAGGUGUUCUACGCGAAAGGAAACUUUGCUCUCCUUUCGACUUUUCAUCCUAAAAAUCCAACUACAGUCGUACAGCGCAAUAUGCGGCGUAAUGGUACAUUGGUUCAAUCAUUGAAAUAAAAAUUCUUGUAAUAUAUCGCCAUUCAAAUACUGUAAUUGGACAUAUAAUCAAAACUAUGCAUUACACCCCUGCAGCUUAACUGUACUGUUAAAAAAUACUCUACACAUAUAAUUAGGCUACUUAAGAUUAGAGACUAAUCACUACCGUGAACCAAUCUAUCGCUAUCGCGCCUUAGCAAUAGAUGUAGUAUAUUUAAGUCCACAAAGCGACGACGAAAGGCAAGCACAAAAUUUAAAUUUAAAUUAAAUAAAAGCAAAUACAAAAAUGUUCAUACACGCCAUAGUCACCGCACCACACCGCCCCUUCCCCGCUCCAUCACCGUGAUGAUAGGAGAGUCGAAUCCACUUUAGACGAGAGGUACCUAUCACACGGACGAGGGAGUGUGUAAGGCCAAAACUGUAAAUGAAACUAAUUUUCAGAAGCAACUGCGAUAUCUCUGUACCGUACGAGGACGACGACGACGACGACCUGUGAGUAGUAGAGAAAGGCCCGAAACUUGUCUUAGACUUUAGUUAAGGAGUUUUUAGUUUUGUUGUUUUCUUCCUUUCCUAGUACGAAUGACUUCGAGUUAGGUUGAUUUUCUACAUCACAGACUACCCCCAUCAUAUCUAAAUGUAAAUAAAACAGUGUUUGCCAACUCGUAAUUUUCCCGGAAAAGUAACCGUUCCCGGGGAGGGAACGAGCGAGAGCAAAUGUGUAAUUUAUGUUCAUAUUAUUUCUUGUUUAAUAUUAGUAUAAGUUAAGUAGAGUUCCGCUGUUGAGAAAAUUAAGUGUUAAUGAAUACUCACUGU